UUCAAGCGCGUAGAAAAAAAGAAAAAAUUAUUGUCUGAAUGUGUACCAUUGAUUUUUAUCACGGCUUACCUAUUAUCACAACUAUCUAUUGUAUUUUGUAGUUUUAGAUUGUAGCUAAGAGUGUUGUAAAUUUGUUUAAAAUGAGCUUGUUCGAUCCAUCUGUCAGUGUUUUUGUCGGAGAUGAUAAAUUUACCGGAGAUGCCUACGUUGACCAGACAACAUCAAAGCAAUCCAAUUCCAGUGGCGCCCCUGUUUCCCAUUACGAAGUUCCCGUGCAUGUGGUUUUACCAUUCGAAAUGUGCGACGCCCUCCACCGAGGAAAAGACAGCAAAUUCCUGGAAAAUCUGCAGCUUCGUUUAGGCAACGAUGUUUACACGUUGCAGGGAAAAGAUAUUUUGGAUGCUAAGCUCUCGAAUCAAGAUGUGAUCACUCUUAAAGAUGAACAACACGUGAACAUGAUUGACUCUUGGCGGCCUCCCGUUUAUAAUAACUUAGAGGUCGAUUUAUCUUACGUGACCGGCGCCGUUUCCCAAACAGUCCCAAUGGGCGACAUCAAAGUUCCGCUUGUGAUUCGAGUUCCGAGCGAAAGACCUGCCGACGUCAACCAAAUAUCAGUCGUAUCGCCGAGAGACUUGACGCAAGAGAUGACGUCACGGUCGGAAAACGAAAUAACAAAAAGAUUUGAUUCUGUGAUGCCUAUAUCUCAAUACACACCACGAGAGGGCGUCGACCAGACAAUGCCCGAAAUGUUCUCGGAUCCGAACGAAACAGUCCAGUUACGAGCCAGAGCAAUUUUGAACCGGGGUGUUAUCCCAGACGACAUCAAAGGAAUUGAUCAUUACAAACCGCCUCUGGAUUUAAGAAAGGCGGAUAAUUCAAGACAGACGUCGGCGAUGAAAAUGUCGGUUAGGAGUUACAACUCGAACCCCUCGGGGGUGUCGAGGUACACAACUGGACCCAAAUCUGGACACAGAUACACCAACAGAGGGUAUGGAGCAAGUACGAGCUCAGUGCUGAACUCGGGCAGGGCUAGAACCCGACGAACGCACUACUCGGAGCCGAUUUACUCCACAUCACACAAGGAGGAGAUGAGGACAGGCGCCCCCACCCGAUACACGACCCACGGGGGAGAACAACCCCUCGGUAUACCUCUCAUAGACGAGGGGGAGGAAGAAGACAACUCUGUCAGGACUAUGGGGAGGCACAACUACCGCCCCCCUCAACACAGAAGGGUGGACAAGGCGAAGACGAUCACGUUCUACAGAAAUGGGGACGCCCAGUUCCCCGGCUACACGACCAGUGUGUCCACCAGAGAGUUCAGGUCAUGGGAGACGCUGCUGGUCUUCCUAAGUGACAAAAUCAGCCUGCCUUACGGAGUCCGGUACAUUUACACGCUGGGGGGUCAAUUAAUCCAGAGUAUUCUCUCUAUGGAAGACGGACAGGCUUACGUGUGUGCCAGUGGCCAGUUUGUCGUAAAUGUUCAAUUCGGAAACUCAAACGAGACGAAAUGGAAACGAAACAGAAAAAGCUCGGGUGGCAAAACCCGAAAAGCCGACACGAAACUGUUGGAGGAGACGAAUGAAGAAAUAAUUGAACUGGCGACGGGGUCUGCUAGACGCGGCGGAGCGUCGCGAGGAAGCAACAUGGUUUACAGGAGACAGUCUAAUGACGUCCCAGCUGCGAACCCAAAUGUUAUUACAGUAAUUAGCAAUACUCACAGGGACAGCAGGGCGAAGAUGAUAGUGAACCCGCGGACUAGACAGAGUUUCAUGGACUUCCUGGAGGACAUCUCGUCCAAUAUUGCCAUGUCCUCGCCCCCAGUCCGGAAACUGUACACCGCGAAAACUGGCGAGCGGGUUACGUCAUUUUUUGACAUGUUCGGAAAAUUCCGCUUUCACGAGUCCUUCAUAGCUUGCGGAAUGGAGAACUUCAAAGGAAACAUGAACGGAAACCAUUUGAAGCUGCCGCCUACAAUAUCAGAGGGCUCCGAAGAGCAAAACUCAUAUUCGAACCAGUACAAGACCAAUUUAAAGCAACAGAAUGUGGCAAACAACCGAAGAAUAAAUAACAACAAAAGAAGACCGUUAAGGACUUUACAACAACUUGAGAACUCCAUGGAAGCUUCUAUGAGUCCACGUGACAUGGACAAUGAUCGUAAUAACAGGAAUGGCGUCGGAGUGUCUAUGGACACCAGAUUUGGAGACAGAUCAGAAGCGGAACACGUGUUAGAUGGCGAGGCAGAGCGAAGGAAGUUGUUCAACGAUGACAUGAUGGAGGGGGAGGGACAGGGGGGAGAUUUUGAAGAGGAUGUGGUGAUUGGGGGGCAGAGCGAGGGGGUGGUGGGGAUGAGAGGUGGAGAGGGGGGCACUAAUUACUCGUUCCACAACCAAUACUCUAACAGUCAGCAAAAUACAAAUUUGAGAGGGACCAGAAACGAAAUGAUUACAGUGCAACUGCGAGGCAAAUCUCGUGAUUUCUUCGUUCCCACCGAGUUCGUAGACGAAGAUUUGGAGUCGCCGACGAGUAAGCCGAACAAGAAACUGAGUCUGGAGUGGGUGUAUGGCUACAGGGGGUAUGACAGCCGAAUGAACCUGUUCUGUCUGCCCCCCUCGGGGGAGUUGUGCUACUACGUGGGCAGUGUGGCCGUCUUGUAUGACAAGAGAGUGGAAGUUCAAAGACACUACACUGGUCAUAAUGAAGAUAUUUCCAGCAUGGCGGUCCACCCAUCUGGAAGCAUAAUUGCCACAGGGCAGAAAAAAGGAUCCGAAAAAGCGAACUGGGGUCACGUGCGCAUCUGGGACACUGAUUCUCUCUCCACCCAUGCCAUCCUGGGACUGUCCCACUUCGACGGCGCCGUCUGCAUCCUCAACUUCUCACAAGUCAACAACGGUGAGUGGUUGAUGAGCGUGGAUGCAGGCGAUGGUCACGUGAUGACAGUGUGGGAUUGGGACAAAGAGACCGUCAUAGCAAAGACAAAGACUACUGCUGACACAGUUGUGUGUGGGUCUUUCCACCCGAAUGACGACAGGUGUGUUGUGAGUGGGGGCAAACAACACCUGUACUUCUGGAGACUCAUCAACGGAAGAAUCCUCAGAGACAAGAAGAGCGGACAGUUUAAGGACGAGAUUCCUCAUUACAUCACCUGUUUGACCUUCAACUUCGAGGGGGAGGUGAUCUCGGGGGACUCCAGUGGAAACAUCAUCGUGUGGGGCAGAGACAAGCGAAACAUCUUCUACGUGAAACACACCAUCAUCAGGGCCCACGAGAAAAGUGUCUUCUCUCUCGCCCACCUGCAAGAUGGGACCCUUGUUUCAGGAGGGGGGUUGGACAGGAGGAUAAUUGCGUGGGACGGGGCCCAAGACUACAGAUCUGCAAAAGCCGGAAGACAGUUGCCAGAGGCGAUCGGAGGAGUGCGGAUGUUGGCCACUUCUGCCUCUGGGGGAGUGGAUGGCCAGUUAUUCGUGGGCACCACUAAGAACAUCGUCAUCGAGGGAUCUUUGCAGCAGAAAUUCACAUCCAUCAUACAGGGCCACUACGAGGAAGUAUGGGCCUUGGCUUGUCACCCCUCGGAGGAGUUCUUCGUCACAGGGGGCUUUGACCAGCAGAUCUGCAUGUGGAAUGCUCUCUCCCACAAACUACAGUGGAAGGUCUUCACUGAGAAGCCCUGCAUGACCUGUGUUUUCCACCCAUCCGGCACAGUGGUCGGGGUGGGCCAGUCAUCCGGGAGGUUUGUGGUGCUGAACGCCUACAGUGGGAUCCACGUGACCUCAUUCCACGUGUCAACUGAACAAAUAGACGUGGCCAAAAUAUCCCCGGACGGGGGACUUCUAGCCAUUGGAUGUCACGACAAAAACAUCCAUAUUUUUGACGUACAGGACAACGGACUCUCUUUUAAACGAAGGGGAUCAAUGUCUGGCCACAACAGUUUCGUGAUGCAGAUAGACUGGUCAGACGACAGCAACUUCAUCCAGAGUGUCUCUGCCAACUACAACCUACUUUUCUGGGACGUUUUGAAUCUGCGGCCAGAAAGCGGAAAAAAGACGAAAGACAUGAAGUGGCACACACACUCCUCCGUUCUCGGAUUCCACGUAGCAGGUGUGUGGCCUGCGCUGCCUAAGGCGACCAAUGCGAAUACGUGUGCCGUCUCAGACUCCAGACAACUGGUGGUGUCAGGCGACAGCAGAGGAUCAGUGCGCAUGUUCCAGUUCCCCGCAUCACACUACAAGUGUUUCUUCACCGAGCAAAAGAUGUGCAGUAGCAAUGUGACUCAACUAGAGUUCCUACAAGCAGACAAGACACUCAUCGCCACUGCUGGACCAGAUGCUUGUUUGUUCCAAUACCACCUGAUCGAUCCCUAACCA